AUGGAAGAGCAGCCGGAAAACCACCACGCCGCGGGCGCCAGGAGCGUAAUCUUCGGAAAAUACGAAAUCGGGCGGCUUCUGGGGAAAGGCCCUUCGCGAAGGUGUUUUCUGCCAUUCCAGCACGAAAACAUCAUGAAAAUGUACACCAAAAUCUUCAAAGCGGAAUUCAGUUGUCCGCCAUGGUUUCCAUUCGAAGCUAAGAAAUUAAUCUCCAGGAUACUUGUUACCGACCCGGAUAAAAGAAUCACGGUCCCGGAAAUUACGAAACUACCCUGGUUCAGAAAAGGCCUCCCGGCUCAGAUCCCCUUUUCGCCGCCGCUUCACGAGGAUAUCCUCCGGUCCAAAUCUUCAUCCCCGCCGCCGUUCUACAACGCGUUCGAGUUCAUAUCGUCGAUGUCGUCGGGAUUCGAUUUGUCGGGCCUGUUCGAGAACCGGAGGAAAUCGAGCGCUCUGUUCACAUCGAGAUGCUCUGCUCCUGCGAUUGUGGCGAAAAUUGAAUCAGUGGCGAAGAAGGUGAAUUUUAGGGUUUUGUCGAGCAAGGACUACUAUAAGGUGAGAUUGGAGGGGGUUUCGGAGGGGAGGAAGGGGAAAUUGGCGGUGACGGCGGAGGUUUUCAGUUUUUUUGCUCACCCCUACCGUGAAGAUAAACAAAUGACCGGAAAAUAA